UAUAUUUCAGUGCCUUCUUAUUACUUUUAAGUCUAAGCAUUUUCGUUUCUCAUUCUUAUGUGGGCAUAAAUGGCUCUCAGGAAACGUGCAUAGAAAUGGUUAAAGAGCGGCAAAAUGGCAAAGCAGAGAAUUUCUAGGCUACUGUAGUAUGCUGUCUGCAGCGGGAAAGGGUUAAGCGUCACGUGGUGGCGGGUGAUAUUGUCACCCUGGCCAUGAAGUGGGGGUAUAAGAGUGUAAUUUGAAGAAAGAACAAAGAAAUCAUAGCACAUUAAAGUUCCAGUCCUCUGAUCUGACGCGUUGUCUCUGCGCAAAGCUGAUAGCCAUUUCUCUCCAUAACGCACGGUUGGCUUUACUGUGCGAAUUAAACUGCAGCAGGUUCGAUCGGGUUCAUCACAAUGUGGAUCUCUUGGCUUCUCUCGAACACUUUCGCCCUUCAUUUUCUCUUGUGCCUCGACUGUUUGCCAGUUGUUGAGAGAAGGGACUUUGACAAACGCAAAACAGCAGAGUCUGCAGCUUGGCCUCAGAGCCCUGGCACCCCGAGCCUGAAGAAGAGAGGGCACGAGCCCCAUCCUCAGGACACGCUCAAGUCACCAGUCUGGAGCAGCGCCCCCCACUGGAAUGAGACGGGAUCCUUUAAUCGCCCGCGAUGUGGCGUGCCAGACUACCCCACACGCCAGGGGGCGCUCAAGAGCAGAAGGCAGCGGCAGAAACGCUUUGUCCUCUUUGGAGGCCGCUGGGAAAAGACUGACCUCACUUACAAGAUAAUGCGCUUCCCCUGGCAGAUGACCGAGGACAAGGUCCGGCGGGUUCUGCAGGAGGCGUUGAGAGUGUGGAGUGAGGUCACUCCACUGACCUUCUCAGAGGUGCACAGCUCAGAGGCAGACAUCGUCAUCGACUUCAACAGAUACUGGCAUGGCGAUAACCUGCCCUUUGAUGGUCCUGGCGGGAUUCUGGCCCAUGCUUUCUUCCCCCGGACCCACCGGGCAGGAGACAUCCAUUUUGACUAUGAUGAGUCUUGGACUGUAGGCAAUGAGAUGGGCACAGACCUCCUGCAGGUGGCGGCCCACGAGUUUGGCCAUGUGUUGGGCCUGCAGCACUCCCUGGAGCCUGGAGCCAUCAUGUCCCCCUUCUACAGCUUUUCCUACCCAUUGGAGCUCAGCGACGAUGACAAGCAGGGCAUCCAAUACCUGUACGGCCCUCGGCCAGAAGCUCCACCUCCCCCUCCCCCUCCACUCCCAGGAAAUACAGAGACCAAUGAGAUUACUCCACAUAUGCCGGAUGCGUGCCACACUGAUUUUGAUGCGGUGUCAGUGAUCCGUGGGGAGCUCUUCUUCUUUAAGGAAAGCUACACCUGGCGCAUCCGAGAGGGCCGGCUGCAGGAGGGCUACCCCGCCCUGGCCUCCAGGCACUGGAGGGGAAUUCCCCAGCGCAUCGACGCUGCCUUCGAAGACAAAUCUGGCAACAUAUGGUUUUUCCAGGAUCACAGCUACUGGGUGUUUGAUGCGGAGCAGCAGAUCACUGGGCCGGACUGGCUGCAGAGGCUGGGGCUGACCGUGGCGCCCGUCCAGGCGGCCCUGCGCUGGAAGGAGGGAGCUGAGCACCACACUUACUUCUUCCACUCAGGCAGCUACUGGCGCUUCGACCCGCUCCAGAACCGCGUGGAUCCGGCCUACCCUCGCAGCAUCAGCCACGACUGGCAUGGGCUCCCUGACGACAUCGAGGCUGCAUUCCAGGAUCGAUAUGGAUAUGGCGUGUUCAUCAGCAGACGACACUACUGGAAGGUGGACCCUGUGGACCGCAGGGUUCUGGAGGGGUACCCCCGCCUUGUUGGACAGGACUUCUUUGGCUGCAGUGGGCGUUAGGGCGACUCUGCUGCUAGUAUGAUCCAGAGCCACUGGGUCCAGUGAUUAUAUCUGUGCCUGCUAUGCUCACACCUCCCCUGAGUUACUGUGUGUGUGUUGGGGGUGGGGGGGGGACUCCACUCUUAUCUCCUGUUUCUAGCCAUGUCAUUUUUCAGUUUCAUGAGUUUUGGAUUAAUGAAUAAGGUUUUCUAAUUAGUAGAGCAUUUCCAUUUAGCUACAUUUGACAUUUUACAAAUAUUUACACAAAGUUCCAAUGGACUUCGAAGCUUAAUCGUCUUCUUCUCAGGAAUCCAUUGAAGCAUUUAUCCAAGUGAAGCAUGCAGUCAUAUGUGGAUGCGUGAACAUUUAUUUGUAAUUUUAGUGUUUGCCUUUGUUGUACUUCUGAAGUGGUUCCCUCUAAACUCAUCAGGUGGUUUGCUAAAAAACACAACCUCACAUACGGUAGCAGGGAGGGCCCGCCUGCAUCUCCCAUUGGUGCUAAACUCUUCCUGGAAAUCAGGGACUCCACAGGCACAUGUCUGUCUCUCCUCAAGGACGAUGACUCAGAGGUGCUAGAUACUGUUUUUUUUUUGUAAGACAGCAUAUUUCUGUUUCAAAAAAGGUAUGAAAAAACAAACAAUGAAAACACACGACUGUUGUCCCUUAUUCCAGCGCAUACACAUUUGUGGGUCCACAGUCCUCUGUUAACCCCUUCUAUGGGUUUAAAUUAAAUCUAUUAUGUAACUAGACCAGUACAGUCAGUGAAGUACUCUGUCAUUUUGUCAAGAUGUAAACAUCAGUUUACAGUUGUGCACCUCUGUUAAUAUUACAUUUCAAUACAACACAUUUUAAAUAUCCUCUUAUGACUGAAGUUUGUACCAUCCUGUCAGCGUGCAUGUGAUAGUAGCUCAAUAGAACACAGCGGGGUCCACAGGGUGGUGUGUUAAGCAUCAUGUUUCAAGUGGUUAUGUGCCUUUAACAUGCUACUGGUUCUCAGUGCUGGCCACUGAUAGCAUUUUAUACUUUUAACACCAGUUUCAUGUUGGUUCUUAAUCACACUAUCCUCAGUUCUACACUAAUUAAUUUUGAUUGCAGGUUAGUUAUUGUUUAAUAAUUGUUUUAAUAACUCUUUCUGUGGGAUGUGAAAUGGAGUAUUCAAUGGUAAAUCCAUGUUUCUUUUUGUAUGUCUGUUCUCGCUUACUUAGGUUAAACAAUUAAAUGGUGGUUUCAAUUUAAUUCA